AUGCCCCCCCUACGCCCACCCAAACUCAACGACGAGCAGCUCUUGACUGCCAUUGCUUUGGCGCCCGAAGACACCGUCCGCGCUGUGCUCCGCGCCCUCACCGGAGACGACGCAUUCAAGUCGCGCAUCGCGGCACUCAUGGCCAAGCUGCCUCUUGGACUUGCAACCACGGCAGCAGGAAGUAGUGGAAAGUCAGAUGAUCCUUCCAAGAAAAGAAAAGCUCCGCCUACGCAUAUCUGCGUGCAAUGCGAUGAACUUUUUGAGGAGGGAGAUACGUCCAAGACAUGCAAAUAUCACCCUUAUUACUCCGCCCCUGCCUGGGUUGACUGGCCUUACCCAGACGGCAUACACGACAGUGAGCACAUGCGCAAGGCAUACCCGAACGGAUUCACCUUUCCUUGCUGCGAGGCGCUAGGAACCGAGGCGAAUGAGGGAUGUAAGCUGGGAAAGCAUCGAGCGGCGGACGGGAAGAGGAGCAAGUACCCGGGCUCUGAUGGAGAGACCGCCAGUGAAGAUGAGGAGACCGAGGAGGAGUUUGACGAGAGCGAGGAGGAUUGGGAUGAUGAUGAAGAUGUGGAUGAAGACGAAGAGGAUGACCAGGAUGACCAGGAUGGCGCGGGUCAAGACAAGGUCAAGAAAGAUGGAGAUCAGGAGGAGUGA